AUGCCGCGUACAUUCGAAGAAGAAUGCGGAUAUAUCAAUCGUUUGACGGAUUGCAAAUUUCAAAUCGUGAAAGGAUUCGUUCCAAAUAUGAAUGUUGAAGGACGAUUUUAUGUGAACAAUCGAUUGGAACAAUUGAUGUUCGAUGAGUUGAAAUUCUCUUGUGACGGACAAGGAAUUGGUGGAUUCCUUCCGGCUGUACGACAAAUUGCCAACGUCGCCUCACUGCCUGGAAUCAUCGGCCUUCCAGACAUCCAUUCCGGCUAUGGUUUCUCCAUCGGAAACAUCGCCGCAUUCGACGUCUCCAACCCAGAAUCCGUUAUCUCUCCUGGAGGUGUCGGUUUCGAUAUCAACUGUGGUGUACGUCUUCUACGAACAAACCUAAUGGAAGAAGACGUGAAACCAGUAAAAGAGCAAUUAACUCAAUCAUUAUUCGAUCAUAUUCCAGUAGGAGUUGGUUCUCGAGGAGCGAUUCCAAUGAUGGCCUCGGAUUUAGUGGAAUGUUUAGAGAUGGGGAUGGAUUGGACACUGCGAGAAGGGUAUUCAUGGGCUGAAGAUAAAGAACAUUGCGAAGAAUACGGUCGAAUGUUGCAAGCGGACGCGUCGAAGGUGUCUAUGCGCGCGAAGAAACGUGGAUUACCCCAGUUGGGUACACUUGGUGCUGGUAAUCAUUAUGCAGAAGUACAAGUUGUCGAUGAAAUUUAUGAUAAACAUGCUGCGAGUACGAUGGGUAUCGAUCAAGAGGGACAGGUGGUCGUAAUGCUUCACUGCGGAAGUCGAGGUCUCGGUCACCAAGUCGCUACGGAUUCACUUGUAGAAAUGGAGAAAGCAAUGGCUCGUGAUGGUAUUAUGGUCAAUGAUAAGCAGUUGGCGUGUGCUAGAAUCAAUUCGACAGAAGGAAAAAACUAUUUCGCUGGAAUGGCAGCGGCAGCUAACUUCGCCUGGGUCAAUCGGUCAUGUAUCACAUUCUGUGUUCGAAACGCAUUCCAGAAGACGUUCGGAAUGUCGGCAGAUGACAUGGACAUGCAAGUGAUUUAUGAUGUAUCACAUAACGUUGCAAAGAUGGAGGAGCAUAUGGUGGACGGGCGACCCAAGAAACUUUGUGUUCAUCGGAAAGGAGCCACUCGUGCGUUUCCCGCUCAUCACCCAUUGAUUCCAGUCGACUAUCAGUUAAUCGGGCAGCCUGUGUUAAUUGGUGGAAGUAUGGGAACAUGUAGUUAUGUCUUGACUGGAACUGAACAGGGAAUGGUUGAGACUUUUGGCACCACUUGUCAUGGAGCGGGUCGCGCCCUGUCUCGUGCAAAAUCACGCCGCACAAUCACUUGGGAUUCAGUAAUCGAUGAUCUCAAAAAGAAGGAAAUUUCGAUUCGAAUCGCUUCACCCAAAUUAAUUAUGGAAGAGGCGCCCGAGUCGUACAAGAAUGUUACCGACGUUGUUGACACGUGUGAUGCAGCUGGUAUUAGCAAGAAGGCUGUCAAGCUGAGACCAAUCGCAGUCAUCAAGGGAUAA